AAAAACACUAUCUCUCUACUAUAUUGCUUGUACAAACACGUACUAUUAAUUAUUAACCAUGGAAAAAGCUUUGAUUUGCUCAGUACUACUGAUGAUGAUGGUCAAUAUGAUUUCAUCAUCAUCAUCAUCGAUAGUAUUAUCUAAUAAUAAUGAUAAUAAUAAUAAUUAUGAUGAGAAAACCGGAGGAGUAUUUGUAUACAAAACAACGGUAAAAAUCUUUAAUAACUUGAAGGAUGGGGUCCAACUUACAGUUCAUUGCAAGUCUGCUGAUGAUGAUUUGGGAGCUCAUGUUGUGGCCAACAAUGGAGAAUACGAGUUCAAAUUUAGAAUCAAUUUCGCAGGUACUACGUUGUAUAACUGUGGUCUUACAUGGAUUGGGGCGACUGGAUCUUUUGAUUUGUUUAAGGCAAGCAGAGAUUCCUUAAGAUGUGCUAACACGUGUGUUUGGAGGGCUCAUAAUGAUGGUGUUUAUGGCUUCAAAGAGGAUAGCACCAAACCUGAUAUUAUUUACAAAUGGGCCUAAUUUCACUUAUUAUUUUUAACUACCAACAUACAACCAAUUCAUUGUUUAUAUUUUUAAAUGUACUGUUCGAUCAAUGAAUAAUAAUUAAUACGUUGUAUUGCCGAUUAAUGUUUGCCCAAGAAAUUAAUAAUAUAAUUCCUUUCUUCUAAUUUUGAUCAACUUUUAUCUAAUUAAUCACUCAUAUACUAUACAUUUAUAUAUCAAUAUUUUAGAUUGAUUGGUGGUGCAAUAAGCUUCAGUACGCAAUAUAUAUACAAUAUUUGAGAACACAUGCAAUAUAUUUGUAUG